AUGGUGGCCUACUUAGGGUGGAUCUUGACGUGGCAAGGUCACGGUGGUGGUGACCUUGCCACGCCGUGGUGGCAGUGGUGGCUUGUUUCUCUAGCCCUCGUUGGAGCUGACACGGGACUCGCCAUUGUCAAAGAGAAGACCAAGUUCGACGUGGUUAUCGAGGAUGUCCCCAACAAUUUGAGGAUUUUAGGGAUUAAGGCGGUGAGGGCGUUGACGAGCUUGGCUUUGAAGGAGGCUAAGGAGUUGAUUGAAGGGUUGCCUAAGAAGUUUAAGGAAGGGGUUUCUAAAGAUGAGGCUAAAGAGGCCAAGAAGCAGCUUGAGGAAGCUGGAGCUAAGAUUGCUAUUGUGUAA